AUGGAAGAGGAAGAGGAGGAGAAGGAGGAAGGCAUGGAGGGGAUGGAGGAUGUUGAUGCUGGUCCCCGGUGGGCUGGCACGUUUGCCGGUGACUCUAGCGGGCUAAAUCGCGAUUACUUCUUUGUGACUCCAGUGGAGGUGGACUCCCUGGGCAGUUACAUCUCUCAUGACGUGACCAGGCAUGGCCGCAGCCGCCGGUCAGUUGCGGAGACGCCGGACCCCGUGCACUACCGCAUGUCUGCGUUCGGCCAGGACUGGCACCUGGAGCUGACGCCGUCGGCCGUGCUGGCCCCCGGGUUCACCGUGCAGACGCUGGGGUCAGAGGGCAUCACCACGGAGACGCCUGACCCUGCCAUUCACGGAUGCCUCUAUCAAGGGAUUAUACGCAACCAAACGGUCUCUUCGGCAGCUAUAUCUACCUGCACAGGACUGUCAGGACUGAUUCGGACGUCGGACGAAGAGUACUUCAUCUCGCCGUUGCCCCAGCAACUGGCCACCCGGCACAACUACAGCGCCCCCAGUGGCCACCACGCGCACGUCAUCUACAAGCGCUCGGCCGAGGGACACGUCCACGGUGACAGCACCCCGCGGCCUCCCAACCCGUACGGCCAUCCCAGCCGUCGCCAACGGCGACAUCGUCACGGGCCCCACGGACACGAGCACCAUCACCAUGACUACCAGCACGGGAAUCUGCAGAGACAACACUUCUGUGGACGCCGCAAGCAAUAUACUCCCAAGCCUCCCGCCGAGGAUCUUUUCGUCAUGCCCGAUGAGUUUGAUCAGCCAGGCCGAACCAAACGCUCGCCCAUCACGUCCAACAAGGUGGGGGGCCUGAACGUGGAGACCCUGGUGGUGGCUGACAAGAAGAUGCUGGAGAAGCACGGCCGCGAGAACGUCACCACCUACGUGCUCACGGUCAUGAACAUGGUCUCCAGUCUGUUCAAGGAUGGGACCAUUGGCACAGAUAUCAACAUAGUUGUCGUCAGCCUGCUGCUCCUGGAGCAGGAUCCGCUGGGCCUGUCUAUCACUCACCAUGCUGACCAGUCCUUGAACAGCUUCUGCCAGUGGCAGUCCGGUCUGAUGGACAAGAGCGGGAAGCGACACGACCACGCCGUGCUCCUGACGGGCCUGGACAUCUGCUCCUGGAAGAACGAGCCCUGUGACACCCUGGGCUUUGCUCCCAUUAGUGGGAUGUGCAGUAAGUAUCGGAGCUGCACCAUCAACGAGGACACAGGUCUGGGUCUGGCCUUCACCAUCGCACACGAGUCUGGACACAAUUUUGGAAUGAUCCAUGACGGAGAGGGGAAUCCCUGUCGGAAGGCCGAGGGGAACAUCAUGUCCCCCACCCUGGCUGGGAAUAAUGGUGUCUUCUCCUGGUCCGACUGCAGCCGCCAGUACCUCAACCGCUUCCUUGGCACGGCGCAGGCCUCCUGUCUGGUGGAUGAGCCGCGGCACAUCGGGCAGUACAAAUACCCCGAGCAGCUCCCGGGCCAGCUCUACGACGCCGACACGCAGUGCAAGUGGCAGUUUGGCGCCAAGGCCAGGCUGUGCAACCUGGACUUCGUUAAGGACAUCUGCAAAUCAUUAUGGUGCCAUCGGACAGGACACAGGUGUGAAACCAAGUUUAUGCCGGCUGCAGAGGGGACUAUCUGCGGCCCUGAAAUGUGGUGUCGGCGGGGACAGUGUGUGAAGUUUGGCGAUAACGGUCCCAGGGCUGUGAAUGGCCAGUGGUCAGGCUGGUCCGAGUGGUCCGGCUGUUCCAGGACCUGUGGAGGAGGAGUGAUGCACCGCGAGCGCUCCUGCAACAACCCCAGCCCACAGUACAACGGGAAGUUCUGCGCGGGUGCCAGCCGCCUCUACCAGCUGUGCAACACCAAGCCGUGCCAGGCCAACGCCGUCGACUUCCGCGCCCAGCAGUGCGCCGAGUACAACAGCAAGCCGUUCAGAGGCUGGUACUACAAGUGGAAGCCUUACACCAAGGUGGAAGACGAGGACAUCUGCAAGCUGUACUGCAUCGCAGAGGACUUUGACUUCUUCUUCGCCAUGUCCAGCAAGGUGAAGGAUGGCACCCGGUGCUCGGACCACAGGGCGGACGUGUGCAUCGAGGGCAUAUGUGAGUCGGUGGGCUGUGAUCAGGUGCUCGGCUCUAAAGCUUCUCUGGAUGCUUGUGGCGUGUGCAAAGGAGACAACUCCACAUGCAAGUUCCAGAGAGGGCAGUACACCUUGCAGCACAGGGCCAAUGAGUACUAUCCGGUGGUCACCAUUCCUGCUGGGGCUCGCAGUGUGCACGUGCGGGAGAUGGAGGUGUCCACCAGCUACCUGGCUGUGCGUAGCCUCAAGCGCAAGUACCACCUAACGGGCGACUGGACAGUGGACUGGCCGGGCAAGUUUCAGUUCGGAGGGGCCACCUUCCACUAUCAGCGCUCUUUCAGUCUCCCAGAGAGCCUGUACGCCGCUGGGCCUACUAAUGAGACCCUGGUCUUUGAAAUCCUGCUGCAGGGCAAGAACCCAGGAGUGCUGUGGGAGUACACCCUACCCCUCCCAGAGAAGAAGCCCAACUACACAUGGGGAGUGCUGCGCUCCGACUGCUCGGCUCCUUGUGCCGGAGGACGAGUCUCAACAAAAGCCAUCUGUCUGGAGGAUCAGCGCGCGCAGGUCAACGCCACGCUGUGCAACCCGCAGACCAGACCCGUGCUCGGAUCACACCUCUGCAACACACAACCCUGCCCGGCCUACUGGACCACCGGCAAAUGGGGAGCCUGCAGCCGCACGUGCGGGGGCGGGCAGCAGACGCGGCACAUCCGCUGCAUGAGGAAGGUCACCUACCAGCGGGACGAGGUGGCGCCGCACUCGCUCUGCCCCGUCAUGGCGCCCGCCCAGGUGCAGCCCUGCAACACCCACGCCUGCCCUCCGGAGUGGGGCACCGGCUCCUGGUCACAGUGCUCUAAGACGUGCGGGCGCGGCGUGCACAAGCGGAGCGUGUUCUGCCGCAGCACGGACCCCGGGGCCCGGGCGGUGGUGGUGCCGGACAGCAUGUGCAAGCUGCACCACAAGCCCAAGGCCCAGGAGACCUGCGUCCUCGCCCGCUGCCCCAAGAACGACCGCCUGCAGUGGGUCACCACCGCCUGGAGCGAGUGCUCAGCAUCUUGUGGGACGGGUCUGCGUCGGCGUGAGCUUCGCUGCGGGGAGCGUGACUCCAGGGGGGGCUAUGUGGAGUUCCCCAUCAGGAGGUGCCGGAACCUGCCCAAACCCCCCGCCGAGCUCCAGCAGCCCUGCAGCCGAGGACCGUGCCCCCAGCCCCAGCCUCCUCCACACGCCGUGGUGCUCGGCUGGUACUCUUCACCCUGGCAGCAGUGUUCUGUGUCGUGUGGCGGAGGGGUUCAGACGCGCUCCACCCAGUGUCUGCGGCAGGGUCGCCCCGCGGCCGGCUGCCUGCCCCACCAGAGGCCCGUGAGCUCCAGGGCCUGCAACACCCACUUCUGCCCCGCACCUGCCCCGGCUCCCCCUCCACCUUGCUUGGACUUCUUUGGCUGGUGCCACCUGGUACCUCAACAUGGCGUCUGCAAUCACAAGUUCUACGGGGAGCAGUGUUGCAAGUCCUGCUCCAUGAAAAAACAGUGA